AUGCGUGGCGAAGAAGAUGAUGGGGUUCCUGCCGGCCCUCGGAGUGUCGCGACAGGUCUCAGAAGCUGUCUGGCAAGCCUGGGGGCUCUUGUGGCUGAACAAAACGAUGAGCCACUGAUGCUUCGAGGCGUCCUGGGAUUCUUGCAAGACGAAUUGGGCCGACUGAGGCUGUGGGCCGCUGAUACAGGCGCAUUUCAACCCAGGGCUGCUUCUCUGGACGCGCGCCUUCGCAAGUCCCCCCAUCUCAAAGAACAGGUUCUUCGGACACUGUCCAUGCUGGCGGCAACAGUUGACGACAUCAAGGACAUGCUGACGGACAGCGAGAUCUCAAACUCCUCCAACAAUCAAGAAGCGGAAUAUAAGAUGGUUUGUGAAACAAUUGCAUCAUUGAUUGGCGAUCUGUACCAGAUGUCUACGGUGUUCGGGCGGCCGGCAUCUGUGGAAUCAACCAGACCUGUGAGGAUGUUACCAGCAGUUCUGCCAGCUUCUGGUACUACCACAAUCGGCCUUGAGGCGCCAGCAUUGAGCGAGCACGAGCAGGCACCGCCAGAAGCCAGCAGGCUAUCUAUGAUGUCUCCCACUUCCAUUGAACACUCUUCUCAUCUUCAGUCGCUUGCAGAACCAAUGGGGUCCAGUCUCGAAGCUCGAAUGAAAGGGCAUUCGAUCCGGGAUACAGCGGCAGAGCUAAGGGGCCUUGACCGUGCGGUGUCUGAUCCCCCCGAAUUAUUUCAGACGCAAUCGAAUGAUGCUAUGAUGCAAUACAUGCCAGAAGCCAAUCUGUGGCCGAAACUCAACUCCAGUGGUGACAGGUCGGGGACGGCAAACCAAGGAAACCCUCGUCCUCGUGGCGCGGACAUCCCUCCAGAUUCGCCUGUCCAGACCCGGACUCCAGGAUCACCUGUCUCCAAGACGGAUUACUUAAUGAUCACGGAGGCUGGCGGAGGUGAUGAACCUUAUGAUCAGAUCUGCCGAUAUUGUGGGAUCCCAAAACCCGCGAGAGAAGAGUUAUACUAUUGCCCUGCGUGUGGUAUCGCAUUAUGUACGGAGUGCUGGAAUACCGCCCCACCCCACCGUCAGGGGUUACAGAUUCUGGGAGGAGUUCUUCAUGAGAAGCUGAACGCCACGGUGGCUCGGACCAUACUGGGUGCAUUGGACCCAGGCUUGAAUGACCGGGAGCAGGAAAUGUUGUUCUUGAAGGAUGAGGAUACUACUUGGUUUGGUGUCCAUCAUGAGCAAGAGGAAUUGUACCUUCGGGAAUAUGGCCGGUUCGAAAGAGUCAUCCGAGAAGAUUCAUCCCUCCUUCCGAAAGCGACUUAUCCUGCCUUGGUCUCGUUCGUUGGUCAGACUGGCGCGGGCAAAUCUACGCUCGUGCGACUCCUGAUCGAACUGAACCGCCCUCGAGAUUGCAAGCCCCAGGUCCCUGUUGUGGCAGGUGCAAAUUUUAGUAUGCCUAUAACUGGCGAUGUACACCUGUAUGCCGACUCGAGAACGCUUGAAACCAACCAUCCUGUCUUGUAUAUCGAUUCCGAGGGUUUGGACGGUGGAAGCUACCCGCCAUUAGGCGCAAGGUCGCGGCGAAAUCAACCACGAGUGUCGACUAAAGUGCAGUGCAGUCAAGACUACGUCUCGGAGCGCCCGAUCGCCUGGGCUGGUCCUGGCGAGAGAAGGACUAGGACGUAUACAACGGAACGAUUUCAUCAAAGAAUACUCUACUCUAUUUCGGAUGUGGUAGUAUUUGUCGCCACCAACACAAGGAAUAUGGAACAAAUCCUCAAGCAGUUGGUGAGCUCGGGGCAUGACUCGCUCGAGCAUUCAGUGAACCAGCCCGUUCAGCCACAGGCUAUCAUCGUGCUCAACGGACGAGACGCCGCCGCUUUGGCUGACCAUUUUGACACUGCAGUCGGAACCACAGACUUCCUUUCUGACGAGGGACUUCGCGAUCUCUUUCGUGAGAGCUCGGAGUUGUGGAAAGCCCGAGAAUUUUGGAGGCGACGUGGCAGAAAGGUCGAUACUACCCGUGGGUUGUUGCUCUGCUAUUUCUCAGACGUGCAUGUCAUUCCCAUUCCGGGAAAGGAGCGUCUAUGCCUCCUUGGACGUCAGCUCGACAGACUCCAUCGACAGAUCCAGUCUUGCUGUGAUCAAUCCCGUGAAUCGAAACGAAUGGCUGACAUAUUGCUGAAUGUAGACGAAAUGCAACAGGUUCACCAACAGAUGUUCGACCACUUCACCACAUUCUGUAACGGGCCAUUUGACUAUCUGAAAGCUUGCCUGUCGACCCUCACUCUGGCCGCUAACAUUGUGCAGGUGAGCAAAGGUACGAGAAGCUUUCACCAAGUGUUGCAAAAGCUGGCCUUCAUGGUCGCAUCAUGCAGCAUGCUCGAAGUCGCCCGCCAGCAUUCUGUCGACGUGGCCGAGGACGUCUACCCUCGCUAUGCUGCAUUCUGCAGUCUUGCUCUUGCAGAAAUCUAUAACAACCAUGGCCCUGCGACUGUGUACAUCCUGCUACGAGAGCUCGCAUACUCUCGGCAGGCGCGUAUCAGUCGAGCUUGGACAGCAAGCAGUGUCAUGAACUAUUUGGAAACACCGUCUACAGCAAAUUCCCUUACGAUUCUGCAGCGGUUCCGCGACGGGACCUUUGGGGCGCGAGCCUAUCGCCAGAAGGCCGCCGAAAUCCACCGAACGCUCGUAGUCGGGCCUUUUUACGCAGGUUUGGGAGGCCCAGAGCCCUUUCAGAGCAAUUCGUCGUGCCUUUCGUGCCUCGCCAACUGUCCGGUGCAUCCAUUGCCUUGCGGACAUGUUUUGUGCACGCCUUGUGUGUUGGCCUUUGGGACAUCGACCCAGUACCCUUAUAUCAUCGAGGUGAAGGACUGUCCCUUACACGGCGGAAAGCUUGCUGGGCGACCCCAAUCACCUGUCCAAGUGCACCUGGAGCCGAAAGAGGCAUGUCCCAGGGUCUUGUCUCUCGACGGUGGCGGAGUGCGUGGUCUCGUCGACCUGAUGAUCCUAGAACAACUUGAGAAGGAGCUGGGCGAGGGCCUCCCAAUUCAAGCAUUCUUUGACCUGACCGUCGUUACCAAUGCGGGUGGGGUCAUUGCUCUCUGUCUCGGGGUCAAAGGGUGGGACGUGCAAAGUUGCACGGUUCAAUUGGAACGAUUUUGUCGAGCCGCUUUCUCAAAGACGAGAUGGACGGGGCGUUCUGGGAACGAGUUGCUUGUUACCAUGUCAAACCAGUCACGAUACCAGACAGAGCCUCUCGAGGAAGACCUGAGAGCUGCCUUUGGCAACGGAUUGCCGUUCGAAAGCAGUCCUGGCAAACAAGCCGGUCAUGAUACUGGCGACUUGCCUCGACCCCCGAAGGUCGCAGUGACAGCGUCGACUACAUCUGGCUCGACAGCGGUCUUUGCAAAUUAUAAUCGCCUGGACCCGGAAGAGGUCGACAAAAGAACCUACCGUUUUGUCCGUUCUGAAAAGCCGUCGACGGAUUUGUUGAUCUUCCAAGCUGCAAGAGCGACAACCGCAACCCCUUUUUACUUUUGGACAUUCAAGCACCACGCCUCCAGGACCGUCUACAUGGACGGAAGCCCGCACUAUCAUUGUCCGGUCGAGAUCGCGGUGCGGGAAUCCAGGCUCCUUUGGCAGAAAGAUCCCGACGUGCUCGUCUCACUUGGUGCGCAGACGACUACAGGCCCAGGGGCGCCUUCACCUCUGCCUACGGGUCCUGGCCGAAGUAGAGGCAUAAUGGACUCGGGCAAGCUUGCCAUGGACCUCUGCGGUUCCACAGUGGACUCAGAGGCCGACGGGCACAACAUCUUACCCUCUGUAGAGAGCCGCGACCCACCCUGGCAGGAUUGGAGGACUAGACUGAGCCGUCUCGACGUCGCCCUUGGGCCGGAACUACCCACGCCAGACGACAUCUCACAAAUCGAUCGCAUGAAGAAUGAAGCCAGCCUUCGGAUUACGCGAAUGAGAGACAAAAUCAAAUCAGUUGCAGAUCGCCUCCUCGCUUCCUCAUUUUACUUUGCGGUCGAUGAUCAGAUUUCUACGCCGAGACCUGACGGCUCCUGGACCAUUCCGGGCCGCAUCAUGUGCAGGAUGGCGCCAGGAUCUGCUGUUCUUCGGUCUCUUGGUCGAAACCUGAAGUCGCGAUGGAGGAGCAGCGGAAGCCCUGGACCUGGAUCGGAGCUAGGUCACGGUUCAGAAUAA